UUUUACUAUGAAACACACAAAUUAAACCAUAGAGUAAAUGGAGAGGACACAGAGAAGUUUAAGCUUGUUGGUGCUGUGUUUCCUGCUUAUGGGAUUGGGAACAAUGUUAGUGAGUGGCCAGAGUGCGAACAACGUAAGAGCAACAUACAAUAAUUACAACCCUCAGAAUAUAGGUUGGAGCUACAACACCGCCGGUGUUUACUGUGCUACCUGGGAUGCUAACCAGCCCUUGUCAUGGCGUCAAAGAUACGGUUGGACUGCCUUUUGUGGACCCGCCGGCCCUCAUGGCAGAAAUUCUUGCGGCAAAUGCUUGAGGGUGAGAAACACUGCGACUGGAGCUCAGACAACGGUGAGAAUAGUGGAUCAGUGCGACAAUGGUGGGUUGGAUUUGGAUGUGAACGUGUUCAAUAAACUGGAUACCAACGGGCAGGGUUACCAUCAGGGUCACCUUACGGUUACCUAUGUCUUUGUUAAUUGCUAAUGCCAAUGAAUCACUCUUUGUGAUGACAAGUUGUUCUACUGCCUAAUGAUAUCAUAAAUAAAUAUAUAAAUAAAACAAGGGUGCAACUUGGAUGAA